GUUGCCAUUGCUUCUGUAUUCACAGAUAUACUGCUUCUCUGUUUUGUGUAUCGACACAGGAAUUAGCAACACGGAGGCUAGCUAGCUGUCACAGCAGUUUAAACAGCUGAAAUGAGUUUCCUGGGUGGUUUAUUUGGUCCUGUGUGUGAAAUUGAUGUCCUACUGAAUGAUGCAGAGACUAGGAAGACCGCAGAACUCAAAACAGAGGAUGGAAAAGUGGAGAAGAACUACCUUUUCUAUGAUGGAGAAUCUGUCUCUGGGAAGGUGAAUCUCAAUGUGAGGCAGACGGGCAAGAGACUAGAACACCAGGGCAUUCGAAUUGAGUUUGUUGGGCAGAUUGAGCUCUUCAGUGAUAAAAGCAACACACAUGAGUUUGUUAACCUGGUGAAGGAGCUUGCCCUGCCAGGGGAGUUGACCCAGAACCGAAACUACGACUUUGAGUUCACGCAGGUGGAGAAGCCCUAUGAAUCUUACGUUGGAACCAAUGUCCGACUGAGAUAUUUCCUCAAAGUGACUGUAAUGAGGAGACUGUCUGAUCUGGUGAAAGAGUAUGAGCUCAUUGUCCAUCAGCUGGCUACUUACCCUGAUGUGAAUAAUUCCAUUAAAAUGGAAGUUGGCAUUGAAGACUGUCUACACAUAGAGUUUGAAUACAACAAGUCCAAAUACCACUUGAAAGAUGUCAUUGUGGGUAAAAUCUAUUUCCUUCUGGUGAGAAUCAAAAUCCAGCACAUGGAACUUCAGUUGAUAAAGAAGGAGAUGACUGGAAUAGGGCCGAGCACAACUACAGAGACGGACACUGUUGCCAAGUACGACAUAAUGGAUGGCGCCCCUGUGAAAGGAGAGUCCAUUCCCAUCCGUCUGUUUUUAGCUGGCUACGACCUGACAGCCACCAUGAGGGAUGUCAACAAGAAGUUCUCUGUGCGGUACUUCCUCAACCUGGUGCUGGUGGAUGAGGAGGACAGGAGAUACUUCAAACAGCAGGAGGUCGUUCUCUGGAGGAAAGCUCCUGAGAAAAUAAGGAAGCGGAACUUCCAACGCUACGAGUCGCCGGAGCCACGGCCGACGCUUACUGCUGAGCAGCAACCCGAAAUGUGAAAGCCAUCGGAGUGAAACGGAAAAAUGCUGAGAAUGCUUCUGAUUAUAGCCUAAAGCAAAUGAGAAGAGAGAGGGGGCGCAACUUGACACGCAAGGAGAAAAUAAAGAGUCAGCCAUUUAAUACAUCUACCUUCUGCAAUGUGACAGUGACCUACUGGUGCAUCUGACUGUGCUGGGUCUACUCUGUUAGCGUACUGUAUGGACUCGUCUCUUUGACACACAAUAAAUAGCACUGGAAUGGGAUCUACCAUCACUUUUUUAGGGGACCUACCCUCUCUGUAAAAGAGGCACUUGGUUUGGCUCAACACUGGCAUACAAUCAUUCACUUCUAGAUAUUUCCAAGGAUGUUCCAGUGCAUGUAAGCAGGUCAAAUUGAAUGUGAUGGGUUAGUAUCAUGUCAAUGCUGGCAGUCGGGUCAAUUUCUAAGGUCAAGCUGUAAGACAAUAGGCAUUAUUUGAGCUCAAAUAGUACCUUGUUUAUAAUUCACCUUAAGAUGUAAAAGAUUUCUAACUCCUAAGUCUUUUAGUGUAGCUACAUACAAUCUGUAGUUUGAUUCUUUUUUUCACUUCACUUUUUCUUGUAAUUUGCGCUUUCUUUCUUCAAAUAUAUUAUAUAUCAAUAAAUGCUUUUGCUAGUGGCAUUGGA